CGAACCAGUAACUCUCUGGACGUCAACAUGAGCUCUAAACUAAUCUUGAUCGCGCUUGGCCUCGUGCUCGCCUUCGUCUUGCCUUUCGCUCACGGAAAUUCGAAUACCAUUGAGGUUCAACUUGACGAUGGAUCAACAAUGAAGCUCAUAAGAGUCGGGUGCUAUAGUGACGAAGAUCGACCCAACCGCGCACUUCGCGACCUCUACCACAACCACCGCAAUUAUAUAGACUGGAGCCAAUGGCCUGAUAUGACUCACGUCAUCUCGGCGUGCGCAAGUUGGGCAAAGAGGAAGAACGUGAACGAGAAGUUUGGAAUCCAGUUCUAUGGAGAGUGCUGGGCUGAUGUGGAACCUUCGAGGUUCGACGUCCAUGGAAAAGCGGACAACUGCAUCAAUGGCGUGGGAGAGCACUGGUCAAACUUUGUCUACUCUAUGAAAAAUUGCUCUGUGGAGAUGAAUCUCGUAUUCCUUGUUGAUAGUUCCGGGAGCGUCAACGACACAGACUUUGGUAAAUUCCAGAUGUUCAUUAAAGAUUUGGCAGAGGAAUUUAAGGAUGCAAUAUCUGAAGGAGACACGGAGGUCGCGGCUGUUCUUUUCUCCACGAUACCAAAGACGAAGAUAGAAUUUGACUUAGACGACUACGACCAUAUCAACGAUAUCAAAGCAGCCGUUGAUGCAUUUUCUCACCAACAUGGUGGCCAAACCCGCACUGGAGAAGCUUUGACGUUCACGUUGGAAGAGGUGUUCAAGAAGGCACCACGUCCGAGUGUGAAAAAUGUUCUGGUCGUGCUUACCGAUGGAAAAGCGCAGGGAAAUGUGACGGGUCCCGCGCAAGACGUGAGGGAUCAUGGAGUUGAAGUGUUCGCCAUUGGAGUUGGGCCUCAUUCAAAUGAAGCCGAACUAAAAGAUAUUGCCUCGGAUCCAGACGAUAAACACGUGUUUCACGUGACCGAUUAUAAAUUGGAAGACAUCACAGGGCCUAUCUUGGAUGGAAUCUGCUAAAUCUGGUCCGUAGUCUAAAACUGUAACCAGACAUCGGACACGAAAACCGGACAUCGGACCUUAAAAUCGGACACAGGACAUCGGACACAAAAAUCGGACAUCGAACACCGACACCGGACACGCGGACCCUUGAAAUGGCGCACUUGCACGGGGAGCCGCUACCUCGACAAGUUAACUGUUAUCGGGGGAGUCCACGCAGGGUUAUUAAAAUAAGAGAGCUAUGCUAAUGUAAAUGGGUGGAGAAAUGAUGAUACAAAUAUAACGCAUUUAGCUAAUAUGAAUAAACAGAGCAUUUCAAACCAA